UUUUGCAGCUAUCCCUGACCCCCACCAAUCCCACAAUCACAAGAAACGUUAAUCUCUUCCAAAACGCAUUUUCUAAAACUCCUACAUGGUACAUAUUGAGCAGUAGGCUGUGCUGAUAGUUGAUUAACAGUCGACGAUCGUUUUCCGUUGUUGGUGAUAAUAGAACUAUUUAAAAAUGUGGCAACAUAGAGCCCUAGUGGGAGCAAUUUGCGUGUUUUCAAUAGCAAUGAUUUUCGUGGACACUGCUCAGCUACAGGGUGUUCAGAGGGGGGUGGCCAAUCACACCAAAAGGGGUGUUUGCACGUUGGAAGUACCGACCAUCGACCUGCUAACCCCAGAAGAUAGACGUAAUGGUGUCCCACAUGGCAAUGGGUCAAGAAAUGGUUACAGCAAAAUAGAUAUAUGUUGUUCUGGAUACGAAAGGUUGCCACAUACUCAUCUACAAUGUGUACCAGUCUGUGAUGGAUGUGAAAAUGGAAACUGCACAUCCCCCGGGGUGUGCGAAUGCAAAAGGGGUUACAUUCUCGAGGAGGGUAGCUGCAUUCCCACCUGCCCCAUCGGCUGCCUCAACGGCGUGUGCACCAACAGGGGCCAGUGUUCCUGCAACGCAGGCAAUGAGCUCAGCAGGAACGGCAAGUACUGUCUGCCCCACUGCACCGGAGGGUGUGGUUUAGGGGGAAAAUGCGUGGGACCUGAAGUGUGUGCUUGCGAACAAGGAUUCUCGUUGGACCCAAGAAGCAAUAAAUGCGGCUACCAUUGUGAAGGUGGUUGCGGACAGGGUACUUGUAUCGCACCCAACCAGUGCUCUUGUAGUCCUGGAUACAAAAUCGUUGGACACACUUGCGUCCCAGACUGUCCAAGAGGUUGCCAAAAUGGAGAAUGCACAGCACCAAACAAGUGUUCAUGUAAACCUGGUUGGACUCUGGAUAAUGCUGGAUCAGUCUGUACACCUCACUGCUCACAGGUCUGCCUGAAUGGUGAUUGUAUCGCCCCAGAAACUUGUGCUUGCAAAAAAGGAUAUACUGAGGCCCCUGGUGCGAUCAGAAGCCAAAAAUGCGUGGCUCAUUGUCCAGGUGGUUGCACUAACGGCAUCUGUUCUGCCCCGAACUUCUGCAUCUGCAAUCCUGGAUAUGUGAAGGAGUCCAAAGGUAGCAACGUCUGCGUUAGAAGAUUCAAGAGGUCUCUGAUGCACCUAGACCUAGUUCCAGAAGCCAUCCUCAAUGGACAUUGAGACGUUUAUGCUCAAACAGUGGUCUUCCACUCAGCUUUAUGCGACGAAAGCAAUGAUUUUUAACAAUAAAAUGUUUAAUUUUUUCGACUGAAUAAAUACUUUCAUCACCAGAGUGUUGC